GCCUGAUAAUGUGACUUUAGUCGGGCAGAUACUCAAGCAUAAAGAGGCUGCCAUGAACACCAGCUCUUAGACACAUCUUCAAAACGGUGGCUUUUUUAUUACUAUUUCGAUUUUUUAACAUUUGAGUUUAUAUUAUUUUUUCGUGUCUUUUUAUGUUUUAGUCCAGGUGCGGACUUCCUACAUGAUGCGGCGAUUUUUUGCUGCCGUCAUCUUGUCUCUGCUAAAAGUGUCAACGUGUAUUCAGGUGAUAGUCUCCCAGCAAGAGCGCAGCACUGCUCUGUUUGCCUCAGUCAUCCUACGCUGUGACUUCACCACAUCUGCAAACCCCCAAGAUGUCCUGCUCACCUGGAGGUUCAAGUCUUUCUGCAAGGACCCUGUGCUGGAGUACUACUCCACAUCAUACCAGGCUGCACUCCAGUUGGGGCAAGACCCCUCAAACGACUGUCCCGAUCGCCAGCGCACAGUGCGCACUGUGAUUCAGAAGAGAGGAACUAAUGAGCCGAUUCUUGGUGCAGAAUAUCGUGAACGCAAGAUCUCCAUCCAGAAUAAGGCUGAUCUGGUCAUCAACGAGGUCAUGUGGUGGGACAACGGUGUGUACUUCUGUGCAGUUGACGCAGCUGGAGACACCACUGGGGACUCGGACAGAGAAGUCAAACUCAUUGUAUAUCAUUGGUUAACUGUGCUGUUCAUCGUCAUCGGCGCUCUGCUACUCAUCAUUCUGUUUGGCAUCUGCUGCUGCCAGUGUUGUCCUCAGAGAUGCUGCUGCUAUGUGCGCUGCCCCUGCUGCCCACAGCAGUGCUGCUGCCCCGAAAAAGCCGUAAUGCAGCAUCGUAUGAUGAAGGAGGCUCAGAGGGCAAUGGCUCCCUGGAUGGGAGGACAGCCUGUCUAUGCACCAAUGAGCCAUGUUCCCUCCACUCAAAUGAACCCAGUCCUAUAUGCAGGAUCUGCGUCAGGCAAAAGCAUUCCUUUGAAAGCUAUGCCUCUCCCACCGCCUCAGUCCUCUGCUUACAGUAUGCCGACGCCAAGUAUCCACGGAAGCCACACCCCUGCCACCACCAAUCAGAUGCUUGACUACAUGGAGAGUCAGGUGAGGGGGAUGGACGUGACCAGUCCUCUGCUCCAGCCUCAGCCGCCGCCACCCCCCCACAUGCAGCAUCUUGCACCUCCUCCCCAGCAGUUGCCUAUAAGUGUCCCAUUUUCACCCGGGCCUCCCAGCAUGAUAUCCGGCCUUAAUGAGCCAUUGGAACGCCGUGUCAUCACCCUUCCACCGCUACGAGAGUCGCAGCCAGGCAGAGUGCCACCCCCUGCACCUAAGACACGACCCCCAAGCUCCAGCGAUAGCAGUCGUGGUGGCUUUGGAGUUCGCGAAGAGCGUGGGCAAGCUGGUCGACGUUAUCCCUCACCUCCACGGUCGAGAGGCAUUCCCAGGAGCUACAGUGAGGAAUCACUGGAUGGACGGCCGCGUGGUGGGCCACGAGGGGGACUGGACCGCCCUCGAUCCCGAUCCAGAGAUGAUCUCUUUGACAGCAGGUCCAGAGGAAGAUACUCCCCACCAGGAGCACGCCGACCGAGAGGGUCCUGGAGUUCUGAUGAUGAGGACAGUAGUCGGAGAGGAGGGGCGAGAAGAGGGGGCGGAGGAUGGGGCGAGAAACCUCCAAGCUACACUGAGUACGAGCCUGGACAUAAACCAGGAACGCGGAGGAACGAACACUACUCUGUUAAGAGCUCUCGCAGUGGCACCAGUGUCGUCAUCUGAACGGAGCUGUGAAACUCCAUGUUUCUGAGAGCACGCAAACCUCACUUGAACUGGGAGUUAAUGGCUUCCUUGUUGUCAAAGUCCUGGGAAUUUUGAUAAGACGAGUUUAAAGACGGUCUUGCCCCAAAGAAAACAAAAUUGUAUUCAUUAUACUCACAGGUAAUGAUGAAGGACUGAUGAAAUACAACUUCUUGAAGUACUAUAUACUGUCGUUUGGAAAAGCUUUUAAAUUGAAAUAUCAAAUGUGAGUGUGAGCACCCUCUAGCGGUUCAUUGAUGUUAAAAUGUUGAUGGAAGACCUAGAGUGAGGUCUGCUGGGAGGCUGUUUAUUUUUAUGCAGUUUUUUUCUUUUUAUAAUGCUUACCAAAAUAGCUGCAGUAUAUACAAAUGGCUCUUAAAGGGACAGUGGUGUCUGUGCCCUUAACGCAAAUUACACAUACUGUAUUUUUGUGAGUUUUGUGCCGUCACUAUUUUAUUGUAACGUUUUUUUUUUGUCUCCUUGGUGCCCUGAAUUGAAGUGAUGCUUUUGUACACUUGCAUGUAAAUGCCAUUUUGUUUUCCUGAUUUUUGAGUCACCACAGUGGAUCUUUUUGAUCCCAUUACAGUGUAAAUAUGUAAUUGACCACAAUAAGUAGAUAGCAUUGUUUUUUGGGGGAUUUGCUCGGGAGAAUUAGCCUAAUGCUAGUUUAUGAAGUCUUUAUUUUAUAACAAUACGUUAAGUUUGUGUAAAUGUAAUGUCUUCUUUUGAGUUUGUCUAAUAAAAGCCUCUCAAAAUA